UGGUGUUCGUAAACAAUCAAUUAUCACAAAACUUCAAGUUUUCAUCAAACACUUUGUAAAAAAUGGCAGAAAUGGAGCACAAUACCUUCGCUUUGCAAUAUUUUGAGUACGGAGAGCCCUCAGAAGUUGUCGAUUACGUGUACAAAACCAAAAUUUUCGACUUAAAAGACACCGAAGUGCUCAUAAAAGUUCUUGCUGCUCCCAUAAAUGUUGCUGAUUUGAUCACAAUUCGAGGAAAAUAUUCAAUUAAGCCUCCCUUGCCUGCAGUUCCCGGCAACGAAUGUGUCGGCAAAAUCCUCGCCAUCGGUCCAAAUGUUCAAAAAUUGCAAAUAAAUGACUUGGUAACGCCCUUCAAACGCGGCGUCGGCACUUGGCAAAGUCAUUUAGUGCUCAACGAGGGCGAACUCGUGAAAUUACCCGCGGAAAUGGGAAUUGCGGAAGCUGCGACGAUCAAUGUGAAUCCAUGCACGGCAUAUCGCAUGCUGAAAGACUUUGUUGACUUAAAACCGGGCGACACGGUGUUCCAAAAUGGAGCAAAUAGCGCUUGUGGUCAGAUAAUUAUCCAACUUUGUCGGAAUUGGGGCGUGAAUUGUGUCUGCGUUGUGCGAGAUCGUCCCAAUAUUGAGCAACUUCGAAGUUAUUUGAUGAAUUUGGGAGCUGCGCACGUCAUGACAGCCGAGGAAUUGACGCAAACUUUGGUUUUUAAUCAAUUUUCAGCUCCUGUGUUGGGUAUCAAUUGUGUCGGAGGUGAAAUUGCGACGAAUAUGUUGCAGCAUAUGGCAAACGGAAGCACUUUUGUUACUUACGGGAACAUGUCAGGACAACCAAUGCAAGUUUCAGCGCCAACUUUCAUCUAUAAAGACGUCAGAUUGAAGGGAUAUUGGAUGACGAGAUGGACAAAAGAGAAUCCAAACAGCCCGGAACGCUUCAAGAUGUUCGAAGAAUUGAUCAAACUCACGAUGGAAGGAAAGCUGCGUGUGCCGGAACACGAAUUAGUCGACAUUAGUACGAUCAGCUUCAAGCAUGUCUUUGAACAAGCAGCGAAAGCAGGCGGAAAAGUUGAGAAAAAGUAUAUUAUGGUAUUUGGGCAUUGAAAAAAUAAACGAGUAAUAUUUUUUUAAGUCAACUUAAAGAUCUUAAUUCUAAAAGAUAUAUUUUUAUACAAAAAAAAAGAAAUAUUUACAAAUACUGACAAAAUUAACCAAAUCUUAUUAGAAUUUAUUUGACUCACAU